UAGUGACGUGUCUUUCGGUGAAUAUGCUGUCAAAUACAAGAAAUGUCAGAACUCAAGUUUUCGUGCCUGUGAUUGCCGCAAACAACCUGAGCAGUUGAAAUGCCACCAGAGCGACAGUUGUACGAAUAUGAAUGUAAUUUUUUUUCCUUUUUCUUUUUAUAUUUUAACAAAGUGUUUCUUUUUACCUCAAGUUUGGUCAAGGAUGAGGAUGAGAAUCAACGCCGUUCUACUGCUCUGCACACUCUGUUUUACAAGCAGCAGGGCAGAGAGUGCUGAGGAGCGGCUGGUCAAUUUCUUGUUAGGUCCCGAACGCUACAACAAACUGAUCAGACCGGCUGUCAAUAAGAGCCAACAGGUCACCAUCUCUAUUCGGGUGUCACUGUCCCAGCUCAUCAGUGUCAAUGAACGGGAGCAAAUAAUGACGACCAACUUGUGGCUGUCUCAGGAGUGGAAUGAUUAUCGGCUAAGAUGGGACCCAGAAAAGUACGAAGGCAUAAAGAAACUUCGAAUACCCUCCAAACUCCUCUGGCUUCCUGACAUUGUGCUUUACAACAACGCCGACGGUGUGUAUGAGGUGUCCUUCUAUUGCAACACUGUGGUCUCCAACACGGGCGACAUCGUUUGGCUCCCCCCGGCCAUCUACAAAUCAGCCUGCGCCAUCGAAGUGCAGAAUUUCCCCUUCGACCAACAGAACUGCACUCUCAAGUUCCGCUCCUGGACGUACGAUCACACAGAAGUUGACCUGAUUCUCACAAGCGACUUUGCCAGCCGUGACGACUUCACACCCAGCGGAGAGUGGGACAUCGUCUCACUGCCGGGACGCAAAAACGAGGACCCGAAUGACAUCACUUACCUCGAUAUCACCUAUGAUUUUGUUAUCAAGAGGAAGCCGUUGUUUUAUACCAUUAAUAUGAUCAUCCCCUGUGUGCUGAUCACCUCUCUGGCUAUUCUGGUCUUUUACCUGCCAUCGGACUGUGGCGAGAAGAUGACUUUGUGUAUCUCAGUGCUGCUGGCACUCACCGUGUUCCUGUUACUUAUUUCCAAGAUUGUACCGCCUACCUCCCUUGCAGUCCCUCUCAUUGGUAAAUACCUGAUGUUCACCAUGGUGUUAGUCACAUUUUCCAUUGUGACCACCGUGUGCGUUCUGAACGUGCAUCACCGUUCGCCGUCCACUCACCAUAUGCCUGAAUGGGUGAACCGCCUCUUCUUAGUACAGCUUCCCACUUUUCUCCUCAUGAGGCGUCCAGGUGCAACUAAUGUCCGUGAUAAGCUCAGGCGGAAGUAUGGCGACCGGGACACCGCCAGAAAAAGUCCUCAGACUGCAACUGAUAAACAUCGGUUGUCAAAUAUCAAACUUGGUGGCACUCAGACGAAUUCUGACUCAUUCUAUGUGAAUGCAGACUGGGCCCACAAGUAUUGUUGGAGGGGUGGAGACAUCCCGGAUGCAGGUGGUGGAUGCUCGGACAUCCCGAGGCCAUUGCGCUCUCAAUGGGAUGCAAACCUUGAGGAGGCGGUGGAAGGUGUGAAAUACAUCGCUGAGCACAUGAAGACAGAAGAUGAUGAUGAAGGGAUAAUAGAAGACUGGAAAUACGUAGCCAUGGUGAUCGACCGUUUGUUUUUGUGGAUCUUCAUCCUGGUGUGUGUGAUAGGAACACUGGGGCUCUUCAUGCAACCGCUGUUCCAAAGCUACAACACACCAACUGCCGACGAUGCUGCGUAUGGAGAUUUCUAGGAUGUGAGAAUAAAAUUGUCUUUCAUUAACCAGAGCUGGCAGACUAUGCCAACGUUCGUUCCUGAUCCGGCUUUGUUGGUCCAAACUCAACAUUAAGGUCUAGUGUGCCGUCUUCAAGCAGUGGCGGCUGGUGGAGUUUUCUCAUACUGUACAAACUUACAUAUAUAGUGUACAUCAGGGGUCACCAACCAUUUUGUAACUGAGAGCUAAUCUGUGGCUAUUGAUCAAUGUGAAGGGCUACCAUUUUCUUUCUGAAAAUAACAAAUUUGCUCAAAUGACAUGCAUAGAUAUUCCUACAUUUUAAGACACUGCUCAUGAUUUCUCACAAUAAUUGGGAAAAAUUAAUAUAACAUGCAACACUUCAUUUGUACAAACCUCUGCCAGUGUUUACAUUUUCAAAUAAUCACUUCUGCAACAUUCUUCGAAAAUCACAACGACCCAUCACAAGUUGAGCUAUUUUUAGAACAGGCUGCUAUCGUGGUCCUUGGGGGCUACCUGCUGCCCUCAGGCACCACGUUGGUGAUCAUUGCACAGACAUAUAGUCUACAGACGUUUAAUUAUAUGUCAAUCGAUCAAAAUAUUGUGUCAUGGUUUUAAGCUUGAAAGAUUUAAGGUAGAUUAUAUAAUGAGGAAAGUCUUUUAAUUUGACUAGACUUCACUCAAACUCUCCGAGCUUAACAGGCUUGAUGAUUCCAUGAACUGUUCUUCUGUUCUACUUUUUAACACAAUCUAAUUGUAGUCUUUCAAAAUAGAUGCUUCACUUUCACAAUGUAGACACUAUAGCAACCUUGGAUCAGAAAGUACUUCAUUGCGACUAUGAAAUGAGGUUGAACAAACACAAUCGAUUUAAUGAAGUGUGUGUUUUCUCUGUGGCACGGCUGUUGUGAAAAAUGUAUGUAUGAUUUCAGAUUUGACUUCCUAUUUCAUCACAGGAUCUUGAAAAGAGGCAGCAAUUGUGAUGUCACUUAUACAAAUUGUACUACAUGCUUUGAAAUAUACUGUGCGAAAUCUU